AUGCAUUCUCCAGCCAGUCCGGAGAGAUCACCGCAUACGCCGGUGAGGAAUACGGAAGCCCCAGAUGACAUGGAAAUGGAGGAAACCAGAUCAGGAUCUGGGGUGAGUUCUUACAAUGAACUCGACAAGCUGAACCGUGAGGUCAUGGCGCUUCUAUCCACAGCAGCGAUCAAGUGCGACAAUGAGUUGUCCAAGACCACGUGGUUUGACGCCUCAAAAAGGGAAUCAAUAAUGGCGGUUGUGUCGGAGCAAAGCACCUUAGUGAAAGAGUUAGUGUGCAUUAUAUCGUGA